GCUUAUAAACAAAAUUAAUCUUUAAUACGAGAGAAAAAAGAUCAAACGGUGAGCGCAAAGAUGGAAGAAAAGGGCAGGAAGAUUGGUUGAGUCGAGCAGAAAGGGAAACAAAAAUAAAAAAUUGCCUCAUUAGGGAUCUGGAGCCGUCCGAUAUUUUGAACGGUGAAUCUUGUGUGUGUACGGACGGGUAAGAAACCUAAUCCUAUCAAAACUCUGUUUGUUAGUUAAUUUAUUUACAUUAUGAUUUCUAAUACCUGAAGGAGAAGGAGUACUCUCUAGGUACUUAAGGUAAACUCUCCUGUUCCUCGUUCGGAUCACUUGUAAUAUUUUUUGAGAACCUGCAAGUGUGUUUUCUAGGUUUUGGUUGCCAUGGAAGCUCAGCCCGGAAGGUUGUACGUGGCUAACUUACCGAACGAGUUUACUGAAACUACCAUGAAAGAAUACUUCAGCAAGUAUGGUGAAGUAAAGGACUGUGUGAUUAUUGUAGACAAAGUUACUCGUAAACCUAGAGGAUUCGGCUUUGUUUCCUUCACUCACCCAUCGGUGGCUGAACAAGUCAUGGGAGAAGAGCACAUCAUCCUCGGUAGAAAGGCAGAUGUGAAGACAGCUUUACCAAAGAGUAUUGUGAAAAACCAAAACCAAGAGGACCAACAUGCUCAAUCCGAACCAUCUUAUAACGCCAGAAGGAUUUUUGUUGGAGGUUUACCACACAAUCUAACGCAAGGGGAAUUCAAGAACUACUUUGAGAAGUUCGACACAGUUACGGAUGCAGUUAUAGUAUGUUGCAAGGAAAGUGGCAAGUCCAGGGGCUUUGGCUUCAUCACUUUUGAAUCAGAGGACGCCGCGGAUGAUGCCUUGCAGAACAAAUAUCAUGAAUUGAAUGAUAAAUUCGUGGAGGUAAAGAGGGCUGUGCCGAUGGGUACGAAUGAGAAUCCGGUCACAACAUAUGACCGUAACCGAGUAGAAUUCGAUUAUGGAACAAGGCCUCAUCGGUUUGGAAAUUUUGGAAAUUUGUUCUAUAGUGGUGCUUACUGCAUUAGUUGUUUGAGUCCUUAUGAGGUUGGACACCAAGAAGGCUGCCAGCCACUUGGUUAUCUUUUCCCUUAUAUAUGUCCGUAUGACCAUCAAGUCUAAUUCUUAGGGUCCGAUGGGUUAAUUACUUGUAGUUUCAGACCUAUUCGGAUUUUGAUCAAUGAAUUUGAGAUAUGGUAUUUGUUUACGAAGGCCUCAUCGGACAUGACAUAUGAAACUGUUAUUCGCACUUCAACUAGGUACGCUAAAGAAUCUUUGAAGUGUUGUGACAUAUGUUCUUAUCAAUAUGUAAUUGUGUAAAUCCUAAGUAGAGAUAAAAUAGGAAUGCUUGGGGAUCUAGAAGAUCUUUCCUAAUAUACUUUGUAUUACUUGUAGAGCAAGUUUCUCUCAUCCUUAUUACUAUAAAUAAAGGCACAAGGACUGAAGAAUUAACACA